AAAGUGCUCAUCUUCAAAAUCUUUAUACUCAAAAUCAGUUUUCAUUCAUAUUCACAUUUCAAAAAUGGAUUGGGUCUUAUUCUUUUUAAUUACAACACUAACUUUUGCACAUGGAGACAUACUUACCGACUUUAUGUCGAGAAAUCUUAUAUACGAUGACAGAUCUACAUCCUCAACAAAUAUAAUAUCAACACAAAAAUACAGAAGUUCUCGGCAAUGUGCAUCUUAUUGCACGAGGGCCCCUGAGUGUAAAUCUAUAUUGUUUAACUCUAAAACACAAUUCUGUCAAUUAAUGCUGGUUCAACUGGACUCUGUUUCAGAUAUUGGACCACAAAGUACAAAAGGCUGGCGAUAUUACCUUAGAAAAACAGGCAAACAAGCAAGUCAUGAUUUGACUACAAUUAGUUCUGAAGCUUUAACAACAGCACUCUUUGAUUGCAACAUGUGGCACAAGUUUAAUGAUCAUUGGUACAAAUGGGACAACACGUAUAGGGACUUCUCAUCCUCACAGGCUUUCUGUUCUGCAUUGUCUACCACAUCUUACGUGACAGAAGUUACCUCUCAAGCUGAAAACGACUGGCUGAUUAAAUUAACUGCUGAUCACUGCGGUGCUCCAUAUGAAUACUGGCUGAACGCAUAUGACACGGAUGACUCUGGGUCAUUUAACUGGUUGAAAAGUGGAGAAACGACAAACUAUACUAACUGGUUUACUGUUAAUAAUGAGCCUAACAACCCUUCUGAAGAAUGUGUAGUGAUCUCUACGGGAUAUAAGGGAGUGUGGAAUGAUAUUUCAUGCACAGAGCAAAGACCAGUGGUUUGUGAAAGAGACAGUGAUUAA